AUGGACUUAGAUAGAGACAAUAGCGGAUGUCCGCAAUCACCGUCUUCAAACUUAGAAUCAUUCGAUAGCCCUAAUCAAAGAAUUACUAGCAAUCGAAUAUUUCGAUAUGGUUGGAUCCUUAUGACUAUUGGUAUAGGGUGCUUCGUGACGAAAUCACUUUACGUUGCUCUAACGCCUGGAACAGAUAACUUGACAAUCAUUUACUUAGCAGCGGGCUGUAUUAUAUUCAGUGGUUCCUUGAUUAUAUUCGUAUUUUGGAAUACCUCACGCGCGAUGUCAUCAAUAAAAAGCCCCUGCUAUUAUUAUGGCAUCUUAACACUGACAACAGUGUUACCGUUAAUAAGUUUUGUUAUAUGUAUCAUAAAUGCCGUGGCUGGAAUUAAUGUAGUGGCUAAAGCAACUAACAUUGUAUUGUCAAUCCUAUUUAUGGCGGCUAGUGCGAUUAUUUGUAUUUGUAUGUACGAAGUUAGUCAGAACAGACGGGCAACAGAGCCUCAUAGAUCAGAAACAACGCAAUCAAGGUCUUACAUCAUUCCAGUCGCUUGGGAUAAUCCACCACCUUAUCAUCCACCGCCAACUUAUCGUUCGAAUCCACCCUCUGCAGUAGAUUUAAGAUCUACCAACGAUAGCUCACAAAUUAACGACAAUGAGCUUGGUCGUUCUCAUGUCAUCGACAGUCGCAAUGAUCAGCAACCAAAAACUUAUUUGGUAAUUGCAUCACCACCAAGCUAUGAUAAUGCUAAUGCCAAUAGUGAACGAUAG